ACCCUGGGGGGGUUCCUGCUUGCCAGGAAAUUGCAGCUGAACAAAGAUCCCAGGGCCGUCCCAGCCCCUCACUGCGCCCACCUUGCUCGCUGCGCCCACCUCACCCCCCGUCUCGCUGGGGCUGGGGGCAGCCAGGCUGUCGGGUGCACUCCACCGCCCUGCAGAGGCUGGGGACAUGGUGCCAGUGUCCCCAGUGCUUCCUGGGGAAGGGGGUUUGGGACUGGGCUGCUGUCCCCAGACCUCGCUGCAGGUCUGUGCCCGGGGUGGGGGGAGCCAUCCCCCAUGGGGUGCUUGGGGUGCACGCCGGGGCCAUGCCUGAGCUGCCCCCUCGCCAUCCCCUCCCAGCUCGCCCAGAAGUACGACCCGCAGAAGGAGGCCGAGCUGCGGACGUGGAUCGAGAGCGUCACGGGGCAGCAGAUUGGGCCCGACUUCCAGAAGGGGCUGAAGGAUGGGGUGAUCCUCUGCGAGCUCAUGAACAAGCUGCAGCCCAACUCGGUGAGGAAAAUCAACCGCUCAGCUCAGAACUGGCACCAGCUUGAGAACCUCUCCAACUUCAUCAAGGCCAUGGCCAGCUACGGCAUGAACCCCGUGGACCUCUUUGAAGCCAAUGACCUCUUUGAGAGCGGGAACCUGACGCAGGUGCAAGUGUGCCAGCCAAUCCCUCCCCGGCAGGCCAAGACGAAGGGGAUGCAGAGCGGCGUGGACAUCGGCGUGAAGUACUCAGAGAAGCAGCAGAGGAAUUUCGACGAGGCCAAGAUGAAGGCUGGGCAGUGCGUGAUCGGGCUGCAGGGCGAGGGGGCCAACGCUGCCUGCGACCAGAGCGGGGACCCCCCUGGGUACCACUACUACCGCGAGGAGGAGGAGAGCUACUGAGCAGGACGUCGCCCA